GGGCAAGUCACCUGAUGGGGAGGAAGUAUCACAUUUCGGCAUUGUACGUGGUGGAUCUGCGGCAGUUCCGCCGCCUGGCCGCGGGAGACCGCCUGCGGGGUCAGUACCAAGGACUCAGUCGGGAUCCAAACUCUCUCUCCAAUCUUGAUCAGGAUCUGCCCAACAACAUGAUGCACAGUGUGGCCAUCAAAUCACUGCCACAGGAGUGGCUCUGGUGCGAGACGUGGUGCGACGAUGCAUCGAAGCAAUACGCCAAGACCAUCGACCUGGUGAGCCGACCGCAUCUGCUCGACAAUGUGACGAUCGUAAAAAUGGUGAAGGUGAUGAGGGGUGCCAGAUUUACCAAGAAGGAGAUUUGUUAA